GACACACGACAGGGACACAGGACAGGGACACACGACAGGGACACACGACAGGGACACACGACAGGGACACACGACAGGGACACAGGAGGCGAUGGCUGUGUUCACCCCAGUGUUCCUCCUCCUGAUUCUUCACUGCGCAGAUUCGUUUCCGUCUCAGUUUGUGUUGGUGAGAGAAGGAGCAGACACUGUUUUAAUUUGUCCCAAUGUUGAACCAGGACAGAAUCUGUGCAGAAAGACCUCAUGGACUUUUGCUCCACCAAGUGGAUCACGGGCUGUGGAGGUGAUCAGACUGGGACAGAUCGACUCCAGAGUCUCUGAGCUUCUGUCCGAGCGUCUCACACUGACAGAACAGUGUGGUCUGAGGAUCCAACACGUCCGUCCUCAGGAGGCUGGAACCUUCCAAUGUGAACAGUACGAAAGUGAAGGAGGAUCAUUCAUCUCUGAGUCUAUAGUUCAUCUGUCUGUGGUCUCAUAUUCGUCUCUGUCUCGGUCUGUGUUGGUGAGAGAAGGAGCAGACGCUGUUUUAACUUGUCCCAAUGUUGAACCAGGACAGAGUUUGUGCAGAAAGACCACAUGGACUUUUGUUCCAGCUGGUGGAUCACGGACUGUGGAGCUGAUCAGUCUGGGACAGAUCAACUCCAGUGUCUCUGAGCUUCUGUCCGAGCGUCUCACACUGACAGAACAGUGUGGUCUGAGGAUCCAACACGUCCGUCCUCAGGAGGCUGGAACCUUCCAAUGUGAACAGUAUGAAAGAGAAGAAGGAUCAUUCAUCUCUCAGUCUUCAGUUCAUCUGUCUGUGGUUUCAUUGACUGAGGAAGAGGAGGAACAGAGUCUGAAGCUCCGCUGUGCUGUCUCCUCCCGUCUCCCUGGAGUCACUGUCAGGUUGAUUCUUCAGGGUCGAGUCCUGAACCAAAACAAUCCAGGUUUACAGCAGAUAUCACAGAAUGAAGUCGUCUUCACUCUUGAUCAUUUCCUUCAUCAGAACAAACAUCUGUUCACAUGUGAAGUGACUGUUGGAGAUCAGACUGAGGUGUUCAGCUUUGAACGUGAGAACUCCAAGAGCCGAGAUCAAACAACCACAAACCCGACAGAUGCUCCAGACUCUGAGGACCGAACGGCUCUGGGUUCAAAGGUGUGACGGUGAGACACGUGGUGCUCAGUCUGCUCUUCACUGCUCUGCUCCUCUGCCUCACUGUGACUCUGAUCUACACCAGGAUCCAAGGGCAGAAAACUCAGAGGAACCUGACCAGAGUGGACACAGUUGUUUAUGAGAACGUCGGAGAACCUUCAGUCACGAUCAGAAGACACACAGCGCCCCCUGCAGCUCCACAGGCUGAAUGAAGAGUCCUGGUCCAGACCCGGUCCAGACCUGGUCCAGACCCAGUCCAGACCUGGUCCAGACCUGGUCCAGUCCCAGUUCUGACCACAUCUGAAUGAUUGAAGAGUGGCUUUUCUGCAACAUCAUUUUAUUUUAUCAUCAUCAAAAAUCUACCUGAUGUUUUACAGUCAUCCAUGCAUGUUUGAGUAAUCUAGCGAUCUCUCCUGGGCCCUAAAAACAGUAUAUUUCCUGGGGUGCCACUAUAUUCCUGUUUUUUUCUGGAUGUGGAGUGUGGAGUUUUGCGUCGGUCCUUUCGCCCGCGGUCACCUGACGGUCUACGUGGGCGCGUCUCCAGCGUUUCACUGCUGCUGAUAUCGCCGCGAUUUUAGUGAAUUUGUAUGAAGAAAAACGAAAAAACGCACCACUUUAAUCCAGGUUUAAAAAGCAUUGUGACGUGUGUUCGUCACAUUUGUACCAAGUAAAAUAUAAAUAAAUUCUCCCCUGUAAUGCCACAUUACUGCGUUACAGCAAAAAGCAAUGGAUUACAGUAAUUUGUUACUUUUAUAACACGAUACUCCCAACACUGUCAAUAUUUAUGCUGAUGACCUGUCUGUGCAGCUUCAUGUGUCUUCCCCUUCCACUUCUAAUUGCUACUACUAAGUUUUAUUACCAUUUUAUAUUUUUUUACUCUUUGUUGUUGUAUAUAAUGUGAUAUUGAUACAAA